CUGAAUAAAGUAGUAUCACGGUACAAAGGUGAAGGUUUAAAAAAUGACAGAUUUAUAGAAAGAACGAUAAGUAGCAUUAAUAUGACAUAUCCUGUUAAAUUAUAUCCUGCUUCGUCAAAUACUCAUACGGCAUUUCCUUGUUUAACAAUUAGAUAAGAUAAGAUGUCAUAUGAAAUUUUCUUUAUAAACGAAAAAUCUUAGUACAAUUAAUACUCGCGAACAUUUGUGAUUGAUUUAUCGUGGCAUUAUUCUAAAAUACGUACGUAUUUACCUGCGUAAAGGUAAAUUGAAAUCAUUAGAAAUCGUAAAACCAUUAUCAGCUAGAUUUUCCAUUCAUAUUCUAUAAAAAUUUAUAAAGAACACCAAAUAUAUGAAGAAAUUUAUUCGUAUAUAUACACACAAAUGAUCUAACCUUAAAGGUGUAUACCUGUGUGUUUCGACUAAUUUUAGAUUGUAGCGCCACAUAUAGCAUUUCGAGAACAUUAACCUUUCUUUCUCGACUUUUUGUUUAACCCGGCACUUUUAGCAUUUCAUAUUUUCUAAACAUGCUACCAGAAUCUGACGUUUCUGCAUUAUGCAUCGAUGUGUCGAAAACCACGCCAGUUACCGGUGAAUCAAAAAUAACCUUUCCAGGUAUUUCUACGAUAUGUGGUAUUUUUGAGUUUUGUUCCAUCGUACUGUCCCUGGCUUAUCUAUUUUCUCUCGCUGAUUGGUCUUCAAGAGUGCAACAUAUUGCUCUGCAUAUUGCUUGUGAUACUUAUUUAUUCCAGCGAAAAAAGAAAAUGAAAUUGACCCUGGAUCAAGUAGAUGGACCACUUUAUUGGUCUUGGCAGGAGCUACGUGUUGUUUGGGUUCCGCGCUACCAGCAGGAUACAGCUUAGGUGUAUUAAACAAUCCUGCAGAGUUAAUCCAGAACUUUUGCAAUGAAAGUAUUAUCGAAAGAUAUGACAUACAAUUUACUCACAAUGAGCUGAUGAUAUUAUGGGCUACCAUAGUAUCAAUUUUUUUAAUUGGCGGAGUGACCGGAUCUUUAGUAGCAAGUUGGUUAGCAGAUAGAUUCGGAAGAAAGGGAGCUUUGAUGAUUGGAAAUAUCUUUGGAAUCUUAGGUGCUAUUCUCUUUCUCCUUGUACCAACAUUAAAUUCUGUUGAAUUAUUACUUGCAGGCAGACUAAUUGUUGGUCUGUCAGGAGGAUUAGCUACUAGUUUGUUACCAAUGUAUAUGACAGAAAUAGCACCUCUUAAAUUAAGAGGUGCUGUUGGAGUACUAUGUCAAUUAGGUAUCACGUCUGGUGUGUUCCUUGGACAAAUUGCAGGACUUGAUACAGUGUUAGGUACUAAAGAAAGUUGGCAUAUCCUGUUAGCAGCAUGUUCACUUUUAUGCGCAACUGCGCUGCUACUUACCUUUGCACUGCCAGAAAGUCCAAAAUAUUUAUAUAUAAUUAAGGAACAGCAAAGUAAAGCUCUUAAAGAGUUAAGUCGUUUACGUAAUAUGGAUAUUAUGUUAUUACAAAACGAAGUUGCUGCUUUGCAACACGAAUUCGUGACCAAAUCAUCGACAGAUAAUUGGACGAUAGGUCGUAUAUUAAAAGAGCCUACACUUAGAUUACCUUUACUCCUAGUAUGCUCUCUUCAGUUCGGCCAGCAAUUAACUGGUAUAAGUGCAGUAUUUUAUUACUCGAGUUCGAUAUUUAAAGAUGCAGGAUUAGGAAGUACUGGAUCACAAUAUGCUACUCUUGGAACUGGCUUCGCUAAUAUUGCUAUGGCUGUGGUAUCUGUUCCUGUUAUGUCAUUAUUCCAUAGACGAAUUGUGUUAUUAAGUAGUUGUUAUUUAUGUAUUGGAUGUCUCAUUGUUUUAUGUACUUCCAUAGCUUUAAUUCAUACAGUUUCAUUUAUGCCAUGGGUGUGUAUAGUGACAGUAAUCGUUUAUGUCAUCUUUUAUGGUAUUGGCCUUGGUCCAAUUCCAUUUUUUAUUGGAUCAGAAUUAUUUGAUGUUGGGCCCAGACCUGUUGCAAUGUCUCUUGGAAGUGUUUGUAAUUGGGGUGGUAAUUUUAUUGUUGGAAUGUUAUUUCCAACGAUGCAAGAAUUACUCGGCCCGUAUACUUUUCUUAUUUUUACAGGAUGUAUUAUACUUCUAGCACAAUUUGUUGGACUCUAUUUGCCAGAAACAAGAGGUAAAAGUACUAUGGAAGUUGCAGCAUCCAUUACACAAGGAUUGAAGUCAAGACCGAAUGCAAAGCCCGCGACUUAGAUAAUAAAUCUUUAGGAUAUUUAAAUGUGAUGAUUAAUAAAAAAAAAAUGGCCUAUAUAAAUGCUUUACUCCAUAAGCAAUGAUGUUAUGGAUAAAGUUAAAUGUUAUAAAAAGCAACCAUGAAAGCAAUGGGAUCAUGAUUUGCUUAUGUGUUAUAUCAUUUUUAAAGGAACAUUUGUUUUAUUUUUAACGAAAAAAUUAACUUAUUAUUAAUGUUGUAUAUAUUUACAUAAACAUGUACACAAUCUACAUUUCCAUUAUAUUGGAUAUAAUGGAUUAUAUUUAUAUGAAGUUAAUACGUUUUACGUUCUUAUAUCGUCGUACAAUUGAUCUAAUUUCUGAUAGAAUACUAAACAUAAAACUGUGUGUGGUGCUAUUCUCAUCCACGUUGGGAAAGUUCCUUUAUAUAAGCCAUACAAACCUUCUGUUCGUAUUAUCUUAACCAAAGCAUCAUAGAGCCCAUUAUAGAGCAUACCUUUCCCACCUUUCGUUGCUCCUACGUAUAUCCAAUAAAAUUCAAGAAUGAUCAAGCAUAAUGGUAAUAGAAUGGGAAGAGUAUUCAUGUAUUGCUUACUUUGAUUAUACAAUCUUGUUGCCAAUACGUCAAAAGGUUGCAUAGUGACAGCUACACAUGAUCCACCGAUUAACGAAGAAACGAAAGUCAAAGUUAUAGGAUAAUCUGUAAGUAUCUGAAAACCAAAAAAGAAAAAAUCGUACUUGAUUUUAUCAUACGAUUACCUAUCUAAUACACUUACAUUCAAAGAACGUAACAAAUCUGAGACCAAACCGAACGUAGUCAACUGCGUAGACGAGCCAAUAAAUAAUCUAGGUAUAUUGGCAUACCAGCCACGAUAUAACGCAGCUAUACCACCUUGCUUCCAUAGUUUUAUAAAUGCUGACAACGUUCCUGUAUGACCGUGUUGAUAACCAACGGCAAUGGAUUGCGCAGAUUGAGCUUGAAUCUGUGUCUUGACC